CGCAAGUUUCUUCGUGUAUGAUAACCCCAUAGUAACGGGGAGAUUUCUGUUCGCCAUUCGUUAUAUUUCGCAGAAGAAUCUGCGCGCGCAGGGGGACAGGCUAUCUUUCCUCCUCUCCUUUUCUUGAUUUGAGUUCUUUUGUUUGGUUGCGACCAUGGAUAUACAUCGUGCUCGAUUCGUUCCUUACCCGCCUUCCGCAAUCAAUGCGCUUGCAUUCUCGCAUGCCACGCCGGACGACGAGACCAAGGACCCCUCGACCCUCAGACUCGCAGUGGGACGCGCGAAUGGAAACAUUGAGAUCUGGAAUCCCACCAGCGGCAGUUGGCUGCAGGAGCGAGUGUUUUACGGCGGCAAGGAUCGAAGUGUGGAGGGAUUGGUGUGGACACAAGACCGAGACGAGAAGGACGGAAAUGGCGAGGUGAUCCCCGGGAGGCUGCGACUUUUCAGUAUUGGAUACUCGAGUAGCAUUACCGAGUGGGACCUCUCGACGGGUCUGCCCGCCAGGCAUUCGGACGGUAGCCACAGCGAGGUGUGGUGUUUCGCAGCGCAGCCAAAGAUCAAUGGUGCCGCGCGGAAAGAGCUUCGAGCCGGCGAGGAUGACCGACAGGAUCUGGUAGCGGGCUGCGCGGACGGCACGCUGGUUCUCCUCUCGACUGCGGACAACGACUUGAGGUUUCAGCGAUUCCUCUCGCGAUCCUCGAAGAAGAAGGCUCGUGUUUUGAGCGUCGCAUACAAGGACCGCAACACUGUCCUAGCGGGAUUCGCGGACAGUGCCGUCAGGGUUUUCGAUACGAGGAAUGGCAACGUGCUGAGGAACAUCUCGUUUGGAAGUGGUCCUUUGGGCGGCCCGAAAGAGAUUCUGGUUUGGAAGGUCAAGUGCCUUCCUAACGGCGAUUUUGUUUCGGGUGACUCUACGGGCGAGAUCCGCAUAUUCAGUGGCAAGAACUACAGUCAAUUGCAACGGAUAGCGGGCCACGAGGCCGAUGUUUUGGAUCUUGCUGUUUCGCAAGAUGGCAGCAUGAUUCUCAGUGGUGGCAUGGACCGCCGAACCUGCUUCUACUCAUGCGCCGCAAAGAAGAAGUCCCAACGUGCGGAGAACUGGCGGAAGGUGUCCCACAAGAGAUAUCACGAUCAUGAUGUCAAGGCGAUGGCAACUUAUGAAGGCAACAAUAUAAGCGUCGUCGUGUCUGGAGGAAUCGAUACACAGCCAGUCGUACUCCCCCUGCGCCAAUUUGGCAAGGAGCUCAGUCGAGCGCUGCCAUCUCUACCACGAACUCCCGCGCUUGUCAGUGCCCCAGCAUCACGCCUCAUGGUCAGUUGGUGGAAUAGUGAGAUCCGCAUUUGGAGGGUCAAGUCGCAGUCAGAGACAUCAGAAAGGCCAAAGGUCGUGGCACGCCUGGCUCUUCAAGGAGACGAAAACAUCACGUCGGUGUCUAUCACAGAGAAUGGAUCACUUCUAGCGGUAGCUACGUCGAGCGAAGUCAAGAUUUUCCAGCUCACGCCAAUAAGCCCGGGAGCUGGGCCGUCACUGCGAAUCAAGAAGCUGGAGGUCCCGUUUACAAUUGGCGGAAGGCGAGUGCAGUUCACCGCUGAUGGAAAAUGGCUCGCCAUCAUCACUAUCUCCAACGACGUAAGAGUAGCCCGCAUCGUGGACGCCACGGAGGAGGAGUGUCCGCGCGUCCUCGACCAACUACUGCACCUAGCCCGCCUGCCACGAAGCGACUUGCAGCAAAACGCCCUUAAUGGCACAUGGGGCUCUUACGACCGCACAAUAACUCAAGUCGAGUUCUCCAGCGAUGGCAACAUCCUUGCUGUUGCAGAUCUGGCCGGGUACAUCGACACAUGGGUCAUUGAAGGCUUUGAAGACUCGACCGCUCCCGAAGUCGACAUCGACCGAGCGUCGAAAUCUUCAGCAGGUGACGAUGAGUCAGACGAGGAUGAUGAGGUCGAAACGGAGCAAGUGACGAUGUUUGGCCAGAGGUGGAUUCGCAACCCGUCAGGACACGCAAUCCCCCGACUCGAUGCCAUGCCCCUCCUGCUCUCCUUCCAACCCGCCCAAGAAGGCAACGGCCCAGAGCCCAACGGCAAUCCUGCAGUACACCCCACCCGACACAACCCUCACCCGCACUCUCGCGUCAUCCCUAGCACGGAACAGCACCUUCUCGUGGUGUCUGCCAAGCACCAGCUGUACGAUUUCGAAGUCCUGGCGGGCCGACUGUCGGAUUGGUCAAGGAGAAACCCAUUGUCGAGCUAUCCGAGCCAAUUCCGCUCGACGACAGACGACCCCGCGAAGGGCUGCCUGUGGGACGUGACGGACGAGAACCGCCGGAUCUGGAUCUACGGCGAGAAAUGGCUGUUCAUGUUCGAUCUGUCUCGAGACUUCCCAUUCGACAAGCAGCAGCAACAACAGCAACUAGAGUCGGACGAAGCCAGCACAUCAACGAAGAAGCGAAAGCGCGAGGGGGGAGCAGACGAGCCCUUCCGCAAGAAGAACAGCAGCGGAGCCGGCGACGCGGUGCCCGAGCGCGAGGCCUCGAUAUCCAAGGUGCGCAGGUUCAUCAACGGCGGGCAGGCCGACCAGGGAGGCGACAACUGGACCGACGUCCUGCACACGCGUUCGACCACGGCCGCCGCGAGGUCAGAUGACGAGGCGGCGGAAGACGCACAAGAUGACCUCGUCACGCUGAGGAGGCAGCAGCAGAAUCAGACCGACGAGGCGACGUCGCAGGAACUCGUCCUCGUCGACGACAGUGGCAACAACAAGAGCAGAGCGGCAUCAGAGCCAUGGUGGCACACGUUCAAGUACAGACCCAUGCUCGGCAUCGUCCCGAUGUCCUCCGGUGCUUCGUCCACUCGCGCCAAUCCCCUCGAGGUCGUCAUCGUGGAGAGGCCGUCGUGGGAUCUGGAUCUCCCGCCUCGAUUCACGGGUGCUUUGGAAUGAGAAGAGAGAUAGACAUCUAGAAAGAGAAAAAAGGUUGGGUUGGGGUGUGGGAUUGUUCAUGUAUAUCCAUGUAUGUAUGUAGAGGUGGUAGAUAUCAAGCAAGAAAGAGGCAUAAUCAUGGCGCCGUCUUAAGCGUUUGUUGUCGUUUUCACCCGAGUAGAAGAAAAUGCGAGUUCCCAUUCAUCGAUAUUGAAAAAGCGUUUC